CUGAGACAAAAUGAGCUCCAGUUUCAGCCACCAUGGCCUCCAGGCUUCUCAAUACACCAUUCUCUUCUUUCUGUCUAUUUGUCUGGCCUUCUUCAACGUUGAAGCCAAGGUUCAUCAUCUCAAAUGGGAGAUCAAAUAUGAGUUCAAAUCUCCUGAUUGCUUCAAGAAACUCGCCAUUACCAUCAAUGGCCUCACUCCCGGCCCGACCGUCACCGCAACGCAGGGCGAUACCCUCGUCAUCGACGUCACCAACUCCCUCCUCACAGAAAACGUCGCCAUUCAUUGGCACGGGAUCCGUCAGAUUGGAACACCUUGGAGCGAUGGGACAGAAGGCGUGACGCAGUGCCCGGUUCAGCCUGGGGAUACCUUCACUUACAGAUUUGUAGUUGAUAGGGCUGGAACUUACAUGUACCAUGCUCACUAUGGGAUGCAAAGAUCGGCCGGCUUGAAUGGCUUAAUAAGAGUUUUAGUUCCUGAAGGAACCGUUGAGCCAUUUGAAUAUGAUGAUGAAAGACAUCUUCUUCUUAAUGAUUGGUGGCAUAAGAGCACAUAUGAGCAAGCAGCUGGGCUUUCAUCGCCCACCUUUGAAUGGGUUGGAGAGCCACAGUCUUUAUUGAUAAAUGGGAGGGGGAAAUACAACUGCUCCUUAGCAGCAGGAGCUAUGGAUUCUUGUAAUAAGGAGAAUUCUGAAUGUUUGCCAGAGAGCUUGACAGUGGUUCAGGGGAAGACUUAUCGCUUCAGGAUUGCAAGUGUGGCUUCACUUUCUGCAUUUAAUUUGGAAAUUGAGGGGCAUAUUAUGACGAUUGUUGAAGCUGACGGCCAUUACGUAGAGCCUGUUGUUGUGAAGAAUUUGAACAUCUAUUCGGGCGAAACUUAUUCGGUUAUAGUGAAGGCUGAUCAAGACAACUCGAGUAAUUAUUGGGUGGCGCUCAAUGUUGUUAGUAGGAAGCCAAACACGGCGACUGGCACGGCCAUUCUGAACUACUAUCCUAACCAUCCAUUGAAGUCACCCCCAACUGUGGCACCAGUUGGCGCGCUUUGGAACGACACGGCGUAUAGAGUUAAUCAGAGCAAAUCAAUUGUGUCGCAUCAUAGCUAUAUUGAAGCUCCACCGCGUACCACUGAUCGCACGAUCAUUCUCCUUAAUACCCAAAAUAAGAUCAAUGGGCAUAUGAAAUGGGCUAUCAAUAAUGUAUCUUUCACGCUACCCACCACCCCUUAUUUGAUAGCUAUGAAGAAUAAGUUGCACCAUGUCUUUAGCCAGAAGCCAGCCCCAGAGACUUAUGACUAUGAGAACUAUGACAUCCAUACUGUGUUGAGCAACCCAAAUACAAGUUCAAGCAAUUCGAUCUACAAGUUAGGGUUUAGUUCGACGGUGGAUAUCAUACUGCAGAAUGCAAACACGUUGAGCCCUAACAAUAGUGAGACUCACCCGUGGCACCUCCACGGGCAUGACUUUUGGGUGUUAGGGUUCGGGAAGAAUAAAUUUGACCCGAAAGUCGACCCAAAGAACUACAACUUGGUCAACCCGAUCCAAAGGAAUACAGUGCCAUUGCACCCUUAUGGGUGGACUGCACUAAGGUUUAGUGCAAAUAACCCUGGGGUGUGGGCUUUUCACUGUCAUAUUGAAGCUCAUUUCUUCAUGGGAAUGGGAGUUGUUUUUGAAGCAGGAGUGGAGAAGGUAGGCAAGCUGCCCAAGUCUAUUAGGGGAUGUGGAGAAUCCAAGUAAAUGAUCACCGAGGAGACCUUGAGCAGAGAUUAUUGUGUCCAGA